AUGAAAUCAGUAUACAAACGCUUUACUCCUGCAGGAUGCUGUUUCAUAAAAUAUGCUACUUCAGAAGAAGCUGACAGGGCUAUAAGAGCUUUACACAACCAGCAUAUUCUGCCUGGGGGAGUGGGUCCUAUCCAAGUCAGAUAUGCUGACGGGGAACGAGAACGCCUAGUUGAGUUCAAGUUAUUUGUUGGCUCACUGAACAAACAGGCUACGGAGAAGGAAGUUGAGGAAAUAUUUUCACCUUAUGGUCGAGUUGAAGAUGUCUAUCUCAUGCGUGAUGAAAUGAGGCAGAGUCGUGGAUGUGGAUUUGUUAAAUUUUCUCUUAGAGAAAUGGCGCUGGCUGCUAUAAAUGCUCUUAAUGGAAUCUAUACAAUGAGUGGGUGUGAUCAGCCCCUAACUGUUCGGUUUGCUGAUCCUAAAAGGCCUAGACCUGGAGAAUCAAGGGGUGGUCCUGCACUUGGUGGUCCUGGUUUUGGCCCUCGGUUCCAAGCACCAGGAAUUAGACCAACACAAAAUCUUGGAGAGGCUGUGCAUGGCCAUAUUCCGCUUAAUGCAUGGCAACCAGUUAGUCCUCAGAAUAUGGGACCACCUUCUAAUGCUGGCAUACAUGGGUUUGGGAUUCAAUCGCUUCCUCGGUCGGGUGAUAUGGCAAUACCUUCAACUCUGGGUGGCCCCUUUGGUGGUCCCAGUGGUGUUGCAGAUGGUUCCCACCCUGGACAAGCAGCUUCAUCUGCUUCUACAUUGCACCAGAGUUUUACUCAAUCUUUGCCACAAGUUUCAUCUGUUGGCCAGCAAAUAUCACCAUUACAAAAGUCACUUCAGUCACCACAGCUCUUGCCAUCUUCCCUGCAGCUACAACCUCAGACUCUAGCAUCUUACCCGCAAAGGCAAAUUUCUGAUGCAUCACCCUGGCAACUUUGUCAACAACUACCUCCCACUGCUGGUCAACCCCCCCUCAGUCAGGCAUUGCCAUCACAACAGUUGUUUGGUUUGAAUGGACAGCUCUCUGUUUCUCAGCCUCAGGUCCAGCAGAGUGCUUCAUCUGCUAUAGCACAUGCCCCUUUGAGUAGUAAUUUACCACAUGUUCUUUCUUCCAUGGCCAAUCAACAGCAGUUGCCUGCUCAGCAGCAGCAAUUGCUUCAACCUCAACAUCAAUCACCUUCUUCUCAGUUAGCUCAAAUGAUUUCACAGCAGAAACAAACUCUUCAGGCGAGCUUUCAAGAUUGUUUGCAACAUCUGCAGAUGAUGCAGCCAUCAAAUCAAAAUUUAACAGGGCAGCAGGGUUCACAGGCUAAUAAACAACAGGAUACUCUAGGACAACAUCUGAUAAUGUGGGGUGGUCCUGCACUUGGUGGUCCUGGUUUUGGCCCUCGGUUCCAAGCACCAGGAAUUAGACCAACACAAAAUCUUGGAGAGGCUGUGCAUGGCCAUAUUCCGCUUAAUGCAUGGCAACCAGUUAGUCCUCAGAAUAUGGGACCACCUUCUAAUGCUGGCAUACAUGGGUUUGGGAUUCAAUCGCUUCCUCGGUCGGGUGAUAUGGCAAUACCUUCAACUCUGGGUGGCCCCUUUGGUGGUCCCAGUGGUGUUGCAGAUGGUUCCCACCCUGGACAAGCAGCUUCAUCUGCUUCUACAUUGCACCAGAGUUUUACUCAAUCUUUGCCACAAGUUUCAUCUGUUGGCCAGCAAAUAUCACCAUUACAAAAGUCACUUCAGUCACCACAGCUCUUGCCAUCUUCCCUGCAGCUACAACCUCAGACUCUAGCAUCUUACCCGCAAAGGCAAAUUUCUGAUGCAUCACCCUGGCAACUUUGUCAACAACUACCUCCCACUGCUGGUCAACCCCCCCUCAGUCAGGCAUUGCCAUCACAACAGUUGUUUGGUUUGAAUGGACAGCUCUCUGUUUCUCAGCCUCAGGUCCAGCAGAGUGCUUCAUCUGCUAUAGCACAUGCCCCUUUGAGUAGUAAUUUACCACAUGUUCUUUCUUCCAUGGCCAAUCAACAGCAGUUGCCUGCUCAGCAGCAGCAAUUGCUUCAACCUCAACAUCAAUCACCUUCUUCUCAGUUAGCUCAAAUGAUUUCACAGCAGAAACAAACUCUUCAGGCGAGCUUUCAAGAUUGUUUGCAACAUCUGCAGAUGAUGCAGCCAUCAAAUCAAAAUUUAACAGGGCAGCAGGGUUCACAGGCUAAUAAACAACAGUUGCCUUGGCCUGGGAUUGUCCCACAGACAGUUGCCAACACCCCUGCUAUACCAGCAGUGGGAGAUGUGCCUCCUGCUACUUCUGCUGUUCCAAUAGCAAACCGGGCUGUAGCUCCUGCAAAAUGUAAUUGGACAGAACACACUUCUCCUGAUGGUUACAAGUACUAUUAUAAUAGUACAACUGGUGAAAGCAAAUGGGAAAAACCGGAGGAGCUUACAUUAUAUGAACAACAGCAGCAGAAACCAUCAGUUCAACAGCCCCAGAUGCUGUCUCAUCCUCAAGGUCUGUCCACACAGCAAAUUCCUCAGACACAACAAAUGCAGCUCCCAGUACAAAUUCAGACACAGCUUCAAAGCCAGCUUCGCCAUCCUCAGCAGUUGCUCCCAACUUCGCAAUCUUCAUCGACUCCAGGAGCUGCAAGGCGCCAAAAUAUUCAGGAAUUUGGCUAUACACAACUACCUGGAGCAACUAGUUCAGUAAAUGAUCCUGCGCGUUUCCAACAGAGUCUUCAGGCUGCUCAGGAGUGGAUGUGGAAAAAUAAUCCUGCAGUGGUUGCAGUUUCAUGAUGCUGAAUUUGUCACCUGCAAAUCAUUAACUACUUUUAUUUUAGCGAUUUUUUUUGGUGAUUGUUGUUUGUGGGCAGAUAUACUGCUUGACUUGUAAAAAUCUGUUCUAAAUUUGCUGUGGACAAAUUAUGCUGCUGGUAAUAGUCUGAGAGAGAGCACUGAUGGAGGUUGCAACUGUGCUGAAUGUUCUUUUGGGGACAGGAACCGAAAAGCUUAAUGUUAAUUUCCGCGUAGAACAUAGAUCAACAGUUGCUGUGUUUCAUCCUUCUUAUUCUCUAUUUGCUAUUUAUCUUAGGAACUUGAAUCUGAGGCUGCAAAUUGCCGAGCAGCUUCUGUUUGGAGAAAGCUGCAUAAGUUGAAACGUGAAAGCAGAUCUGGACGAAUGGCAAACAAGACACAAGAGGAUGCGCCCAAGGGGGAAUGCAGCUGUGCAUGGUUGGUUUGAAACCUAAAAUACCAAUUUCGAUGUGUAACAUGAAUGUGCUACAAUAGUUUUCUUCCCAUGGUUGAGGCUUAAAUCACAGUUCAUGAGUGAUUCAUGUCAGUGAAUCAAUGCUCGUGUGCCAUUAAGACGGGCAUGAAUGCAUCGACUCUGUCAUUGCUUACCUCCCUAGCCUAAUCUUGCCGUUCGUAGUUAUUCUGUCUUAACAAUAUAUGAAUUUGUUUGUGCUCCUUUAUCUUUGAAUUAUCCAAUCUUGUGCAUGGUUGUGUGACGGGGAAGAAUUUAGGUUUGUAGGUGCU